CCAUAUGGAAGUCAAAAAACGGCCUUGGAAGGGAGGACUUGGAACAAUUCAAAAACAUAUCAGAAGGGAUCCAUGAGAUAACCAUAGACUGCCUUGGAAAGGAGGACUUGGAACAAUUCAAAACCAUAUCAGAAGUGAUCCAUAAGGAAUCCAAAAACUGCCUUGGAAGGGAGGACUUGGAACAAUUCAAAAACAUAUCAUCAGCAGGACAAAAAGAACUGGUAUCUUCAAUUCGCCAGGAAAUAUCUGGAGUCAUCUCUUCGUUGGAGACUGGAGGAAUAGAAAUACAGAAGAAGUUUGGCCAUGUGGAGAACAAUCUUCAUGAACUUCAUCGUAACCUGGAACACGUGAAAGGUGCAGUGGACAGCAACCAGGUCUCCUUGAAAAGUGCAGUGAACAAAACCCAGGACUCCUUGGAAAUGAUCCAUGAGGAAACCAAAAACUGCCUUGGAAGGGAGGACUUGGAACACUUCAAAAACAUUUCAUCAGCAGGACAACAACAACUGGAAUUUUCCCUUCGCCAGGAAAUAUCUGGAGUCAUCUCUUCGUUGGAGACUGGAGGAAUAGAAAUGCAGAAGAAGUUUGGCCAUGUGGAGAACAAUCUUCAUGAACUUCAUCGUAACCUGGAACACGUGAAAGGUGCAGUGGACAGCAACCAGGUCUCCUUGCAAAGUGCAGUGAUCAAAACCCAGGACUCCUUGGAAAUGAUCCAUGAGGAAUCCAAAAACUGCCUUGGAAGGGAGGACUUGGAACAAUUCAAAAACAUAUCAUCAGCAGGACAAAAACAACUGGAAUCUUUCCUUCACCAGGAAAUAUCUGGAGUCGUCUCUUCGUUGGAGACUGGAGGAAUAGAAAUGCAGAAGAAGUUUGGCAAUGUGGAGAACAAUCUUCAUGAACUUCAUAGUAACCUGGAACACGUGACAGAUACAGUGGACAGCAACCAGGUCUCCUUGCAAAGGAUCCAUAAGGAAACCAAAAACUGCCUAGGAAGGGAGGACUUGGUACACUUCAAAAACAUAUCAUCAGCAGGACAACAACAACUGGAAUAUCUCCUUCGCCACGGAUUAUCUGGAGUCAUCUCUUCGCUGGAGACUGGAGGAAUAGAAAUGCAGAAGAAGUUUGGCCAUGUGGAGGACAAUCUUCAUGAACUUCAUCGUAACCUGGAACACGUGACAGGUGCAAUGGACAGCAACCAGGUCUCCUUGCAAAGUGCAGUGAACAAAACCCAGGGCUCCUUGGAAAUGAUCCAUAAGGAAACCAAAAACUGCCUUGGAAGGGAGGACUUGGAACAAUUCAAAAACAUAUCAGCAGGACAAAAACAACUGGAAUCUUUCCUUCGCCAGGAAAUAUCUGGAGUCAUCUCUUCGUUGGAGACUGGAGGAAUAGAAAUGCAGAAGAAGUUUGGCCAUGUGGAGGACAAUCUUCAUGAACUUCAUCGUAACCUGGAACACGUGAAAGGUGCAGUGGACAGCAACCAAGUCUCCUUGCAAAGGAAAGAAGAAAUGGAAUCUUUCCUUCGCCAGGAAAUAACUGGAGUCAUCUCUUUGUUGGAGACUGGUCAGUAA